AUGAGUGUCACCGUCUCCCUUCCCCUCCCAAACCUUCUCCUUCCAUCACCUCGGGGCAUUUUCAACAUCCACACUCCGGGCUUGCUGGUCGACUCCCCCGUCCGCUCUCUCAUUCUCCAGUCUAUCAGUCAUCGUGCCUCGACAACCGAUUUGACCUUUGAUCGUUCGUCCACUGAUUUCCCUCAGGGAAAGCAACGGGGCUCCUGGCGAAUCCUGGGCAAAUUGAAUCAAGUUGAAGUACCAACUAAUUGCGAACCGGUUUUCGACCCGUGGAAAAGGAAUUUGUACGUCGCGCGCCCGAACCAAACUCUAGACUGGUUUCACUCCACCACCGGCAACGCCACCCAGGAGUUCUCCGCUUGCUAA